AUGCUUACGUCGGGGCUCACCAACACCCCGCUCACCAAAUCUCUUCUCAUCUACACGAUCACCGCCUCAAUCGCCCUGUCCAUUUUGGACAUUAAGCAUCUCGCCGCAAUCUAUGUAUCUCCGCACUUUUGGCCUUACGCUCAAUUCUGGCGCGCCCUCGUCUGGCAGGUCGCCGGCUUCUCAAACUCCACGGAGGCCCUUUUCGCUGCAAUGCUUGUAUACCAUCUACGCGUGAUUGAGCGCGCAUGGGGCAAGCGCAAGAUGGCUGUAUGUCCCUCCAUGUCCCCUCAAGCCAGUCUACAAUCGCAUAGAACCACCACAUCUUUGCAAAUGAAACAGGUGCACUCGCUAACCUUCCCCCGCAGACCUUCCUCCUCACCACCCUCCCCCUACACAACCCUCCUUCCCCCGCUCCUCCUCGCCCUGCUUGUACGCCCCCUCUCCCUCAACACCUUCAAUUACCUCCCCUCUGGCCCAACAGCCACCGUCUUCGCUCUACUGGCCCAAUACCACGCCGUCAUCCCCCCAAUCUUCAGCUACCGCAUCGGCACAACAACCACCUCCCGUGCCCCCGCCACGACGACGACGACGACGACCACUACCACCACCACGCCCACAAGCCCUGACACUCCUCACCCAGCGCCGAAACCCGCGCCUCCGAGCCUGUCCCUCCUGCUCUCCGACAAAUCAACCACCUACAUCAUCGCCGCGCAGCUCGCCCUCUCCCAGUUCCCGACCACGCUGCUCCCCGCCGCUGUCGGCUGGAUUGUCGGCAUCGCCUGGCGCGCGGAACUGCUGCCCGGUUUGUCGCCCGCCAGCACGGGGUUCCGCGUGCCUGCGUGGGCGGUUGGUGAGCGCGAGCGGCGCGGUGGUAGUGGUGCGGGGGCGGGUGGAGCGGCAGACCGCGAGCGCGAGCGGUACGAAGACCUGCGGCGCAGGUUGGAGGGCGAGGCUGCGGCGUCGGCGUCUGGGGCAGAGGGCGCAGAAGGCGCGCAGCGAUUGCGGAGGAGUGGGAAUGAUGGCAGUGGGGGAGAAGGGAGUGGCUUUGUGGAGAGGUUGAGGGGUGCUUGGUGA